GAUCUUUCUGUCCUUCAUUUCGUCGCGCCUCUCCUCAGAUCGCACAUGGGCGCUCCUCGUGUUGCUGCUACUGUCCUUCAUAUUUCGCGUUCUUGUUCUCCUUUAUUCCCUAGUCGUUCCUGCUACUCUCCACCACUCGCGUUCCUGCUACCUUCCUUCACCCUCCCACCUUUCUAUUAUUCUCCUUUAAUCCUCCUUCACCGCUCGUGUUCCUACUUCUCUCCUCUCGCCCCUCGCUUUCGGGCUGCUGUCCUCCGUACCCACGCCAUCAUGACUGAUUGUUCCUCCAUUUCUACUUUACGUACUUCCACACAAGGAGAGGACAGCUUCCACGACGCGGCAGGCAAUCCUAACACCUUCGUCAAGCCCCUGAGGGCGGCGGCUGAGCUGGAGGGGCUGGCUAAAUACGCUACCGGGGAUGUGAGACGCAACGAAGAGGCGAGGAAAACCAUGGGCAUCUACUCUUCUGAGAGCGAGGCGGCUGCAGACUCCUGUGACUCCAACGUCUCCCUCGUCGUGCAAUGCAGCGACCAAAGUGCUGAAUCCUCGCUUCUGGAGGCAAUAGAGAGGAAGGAGAGAGAAGAGAUGUAUAGAGUGACCACGCCCCACCGCAGGAAAGAGCCACCAUCUAAGCGCCGCCAUGUUGUGAAGUCCCCGUUAAGGAAAACCAAGACAAGAAAGCCCCGCGAAGUGUCUGCCACCACCACAAAGAGGCGGCUGGCGGCUAGACUGAAGCUCUACGCCAUCAUGCACAACGAAGGAGUUGGAUCACGUGAAGAGGGAGGACCCAGACCAAGUGCAAAGCGGAAGAGGUCAAGUGAAAGUGAAGAAGAGGAAUACGAGGAAACUGAAGAAGAAUAUUAUAAACAAGAAGCUGGGAAAGGAAAUCAUUAAAAUUGUUGUUGUUGUUGUUGUUGUUAUUAUUAUUAUUAGAGGUAUUUGUUUAUUUAUUGUGGUCGUGAAACUAUAUUCCUUACGGUGCAUACUAUGCUUUGCAGAUGCAUAUAUGUUUGUUUGUUUGUUUCUGUGUUGUUAUCAAGUAAUGCACUGACACAUGUAUUCACAUAUUGAUUUAUGUAUUUCAGAAGGCACUUGAUAUUCCAUUAUGCUUAGUUAUGCUACAAAGGAAUACCAACAAAUAAUUUUCUUGUUUUUACUUUGUAGAUCAUUGCUUACGGGUAAUUAUUAAACAAAACUCAGUAUUAAGCUUUUAUGCUCUAUGUAGUAUGCUAUUGUCUAUGAUAGAAGAAUAUCAGAGGAAGAUCUUGUUUCAUAUUUACAAGAGGAUAACAUUAAAUAUUAAACAAAACAUAAUAUGAAA